GCGCCCACCCUCUUCCUCCUCCACAGCUCCCUCCCUUUUGCUACUCACCUUCCACUCAUCUCAUCUCAGGAUCACUCAACAUCACCUGGAGUGAGAUCACACUCCUGACCACAGCUAUUUCUGUAUCAUUAGAACUCUAUUAUUUUAAUCACAAUCCUGACUCUGUCCCUUCACCACCUUCAUUCACAUCACAGGGAUUUUAACUGUGUGUCACUGGAUUGUUCAUGCAGUAGUCUUUUGGAAUCAAGUUGGUUGGAUCGGACCGCUGGACCCCACGUGAACCUCAUGCAGUGGAGAUUAUCCUGCAGCGAUGUCAUCUCAUCUCUCCCCCCGCAACGCAAAGGAUCAGCCACGCACAAGAAAGUCAUCCACUGAUUCGUGUCCCGCUAAACCCUCGCCGACCUCCAGAAGCCUCAGACAUGAAAGAGUGUCCAGACUGGACUCGUCUGGUGCUUACGACCGAGAGGCCUAUGACGCUCGAAGGGAAAACAGAAUGGCAGCGCGGAAAAAAGCAGAGGAGGAGGCAGGGUGCACUGACUAUAAGAAGAUGUACGAGGAGGCCUUGUCUACUAAUGAGAGACUCAAGUCCAGGCUGCAGGGCAGCAAACAGGAGCUGGUAUUGGUGCAGACUCAGCUGGAGAGAGUGACACAGAGAAAGAUAACCAUGACUGAAAGGUCCAAUGAAAGGUCCAUGCUUGAGACAGAAAAACGGGAAACGCGUGUCCUGCAGAAGAAGAUAUCAGACAUGGAAGAUGAAGUGAAGGUCCAGACAGAGCUGAAGAAUGAGAACCAGAGACUGAAGGACGAGAAUGGAGCCUUAAUCCGGGUCAUCAGUAAACUGUCUAAGUGAGAAGAGGAGGAAAAGGAAGAGAGCAGGGGAUGAUACAGCUUUAUUUCCCAUGUUUACUCCCACUUCUCCAACCCCACCACCCCCACCAACACCCCCACCAACACCAGUAGUCUUCACACGCAGUUUGCAUAUUUGCACAUUUUUUGUAUUAAUUUAUGGAUUGUUAUAAUGCAUAAUUAUAUAAUCACAGCACAUAAUAAUACCGUAUGAAUGUCUGAAAAUGUUUAAUCUAUAAACUGAUGUAACAGGUUAUAUAUUAUCACGUUUUGUAUCACUAUGUGACAUUUGAAAUGUUUUUGUUUUGUUUUCUUUUGUUUACUCCAUCACAUGAACAUUCUCCUACGCCUUGUAUAAGUUAUUUAUAAAGAUUUUCUAUGCUGCAAUCCAA